AUGCAUGUCUCCCCUCAAGAGACGGUAUCUGAAACUCCUCCAUCCCCGGAGUCCCCCACCCUCCCUAUAUCCCCGCCCACUCCCAGUCGGAGGGUACCCCCGACACUACAACAAGAGAAACAGUUCUUGUCCCCUCAAAUCUCACCCCCUCCAAAACCACCCCCCCGUGGCACCUUCCCUCACAAAAUCCCCAAGCUGCCUCCUCGUGCUAGACCGGAGAGAGAUGACAGACCACCCCCCUCACCCGUGGGGCCCAUGCAUCAAAGACACAACUCAAAAGCAUCUGUCCCCUAUAUAGCUGACAAUCCUCACUUGAGAAAGGAGACCUGGUAUUGUGAAGUGGACAGAGUCAAGGCUGGUGAGAUGUUGAAGACCAAAAAGAAUGGUACCUUUCUUUGUCGACCUGCUGCUAAGCAAUGGUUGAUGUCACAAGGAGAGCUGCAUACUCACAGCAUUGACAUUGUGUAUGAUGGCGUCAAGCACUUGAAGGUGGUCACUCUCAACGAUAAAUUUGGUUUCUCUGUGCCAUGCACUUCAAAUUCCCUGGAGGAGCUGAUCCUUCGCUACAAGGAGCACUCUUUAGAGCAGCAUAACCAUGGACUCACUACCACCCUAAAAUAUCCUAUAAAUUUUCCUUAGCUCUCUUACUAGCUCACAAUUUUUUGGUAGAAAUAAAUAUAGCUUCUAUGAAAUGGUAUCGCUAUGCUAUUAUGUUUUAUGUUUUCAUAGCAGUCCGUU